AUUAGAACAACGUUAUGGGCGGCACUUUGUGCAGACUACAGUGUGCCUGUGGACUGCGUGGCUGCUGGACCAGCUCCAAGACCUAGCUCCUUCCACGAGAUAUCUGCUCCUAAGGUCGAGUUCCUUGAGGCUUACUGCACACCACGGGAUACUGCUAAAAGAUCACCCCAGCGAUCCCGUCGUUCCAGAGAACCACGACGCUCACCGGACCCAUCUAAAUGGCGUUACGACUCCCGUCGCCAGAACUACGACUUUGAGCGACGGCCGUACGACUACGAGCCAAAGAAAUACUUUGGACGAGAGUACGACGUUGAUUCAGGAAAGAGGACAUUUGAGACUGAAGCAGCUUGGAGACGCUCCGAUUACGAAUCGGCAAGGCGAACUGAUUUCGAUCUAUCUGCGCCUGAAUCAAGGCGCAGUCCUGAAAGUGCCCCUGAAGGAUCUGCGGAGUCUCCGCCAGAACCAGCGCCUUCAGCUCCGUUGAGACAAGAAAGAUUUUCAUCACAUAGAUCACAGCCGUAUUACGAAUCAGAGUCAUCAUCUGACGAUCGUUCAUCGACAAGUGAAGAGGAAGAAGAAGAAGACGAAUUUGGUGAAUUCGAUCCAUUUGCAACUGCGCCGUCCUUGCAUUCACCCGAUAGCGGUCGAUCUGACCCACGUUACGCAAACGCACCACGGCGAAACCCGAGCCCGUAUUAUUACGGCGAUCUAUUCAAGUCAGCCCCGCCGCCACCAGCCCCUUCUGCACCUACAGCGUCCACUACAUCCUCACGUGGACCUCGGUAUAGAAAGUCAGCAAGCCUUGACGCACCACACGUUGCCCAAAAACCAAAUCUGCCGAAGCGAUUUUCAGUGGCUGAAGAUGGUUUUCGCGAGCUAGAGCGAUCAUCUUCUUCGUCUGGUGAGAGCGCGUGGAUGCCGCCAAGGCGUCGCGGGCGCGACGCGGCCGGCUGCGCGUGCGCCGCGCCCGAAGAUGUAGACGAACUUCGUGAGUCACGAAGCGUUUUUUAUGUGCCAGCACCGCUGCCACGCUGGCCACAAGAAAUGUCAACUCGACAGAUAUACGAAACAGCCUUUGACUGCAAAAUUGCACGUUCAGAUGAUGAUUUGGACGACUUUGACCGUGUCAGUAAUCAUCCCGCCCUUUUGCAGACCGAAGAACGGAACGUUAUUACUUCUGCGACAUCAGCCUUUGAGGCUGUUGAACGCAGUGAACCCGAUUUUAAAGGUCGCCGAAAGGUGACAAUGAAAACGGAUAGCGUUCGUCGCUCGAAAAUACCAACCAUCCAACAAAAGAGACAAAAUGAAAAUGUUACAGUUCUAUCUGAAGCCUUAGAGAAAGUACACAUUGAAGAGGAAGACAGCACUGCAUCUUCUUCGCAACUUCCUUUACGGGGGUAUACCCCAUCACCACCAUCAACAGCACCAUUACCCACAAAGUUUCAGCAAAAAGAUGGCUCUGCUAUGAAUAGCAUAAAAAGUGCGCCGAACUUGCCUCAAUCGCAGCCAGCCCAUCCCCGCCUUAAGGAUUUACGACUUCCUGUGAAAUCAUUAAGGGCUCGUGAAACACCUACGAGUAGUGAUGUAAGCAUGACAGACGUGAAAGCAUCAGUGUCAACUGAACUAGAUGUUGGACAACGACUUAGGGACUCUAGUCGGGAGUCUCGGGAUGGUGAUGAUGAAAGAGCACAAUCUAAGGACGGUAUUUUUUUAGAGAUUAAGGGUCGACCCACUUCCGAUUCUGACACACCAGAAUUGAAUCGGUAUACGGGGCCAAAGGGGGUCGGCCCUAUAAUGGAGUUUAAAGGCAGGCCUAGUAUAGCUCGACCGCGUCGUAAAUAUUCCAGUACUGAGAGCAUGGCAACAAGUAGUAGUGGAGGAAGCAUGGAAUCGUUACGCAGCAGUAACAGUGAAGGUGAUAGGAGCAGCAGUAGCUCUGAAAGCCGACGUUCCUCAUCGCUCAGUUCCCAUAGCUCGGAUUCUGGUAAUGUACCGUUUACAAAAUCGCAUCAUAUGCAACUGACGGGUUUUGGGCAUCAUACGAAUAAGCUGCAUAUUUUAAGCCCUAUAUCAGAUAAAUCUUCACAAGAGCCAGGAUCCGAAACUUCCGAUAAUAAUAAGAAUAACAACUCACAAAAAGUUUCUCCUGAAGAUAAUGAAACUGCAAAUACAAUGCUGCAAACUACUGUAGAGAUUGUCUCAAAACCGAAGCGACGUGCUUUACAAAAUAGAAACCUCUUGAACCUUACUUUUCGACACUCAACGCCUGGUGAUACAGAAAUUCAAGGAUCGGAUAGUGGAAUAUCAAUCCAUUCCCGAGAGGGCGUUGAUUCUAGAAACGCUUUCAUAAGUUUUAAAAGUAACGCAGAGGAGAAGCAUAAAGAAGACGUGGAUCUGUCAGAUCUUCCUUUCGACAUGCCGAAAUUACGCAGGCGACGAGCUGAAGCAGAAGUUGACUUGCGCACCUUGCCAUUUGACAUGCCAAAAUUACGUCGAAAAUUAAGAGGACAGUCACUGCAAUUAAGCAAUGAUUUUGGCGAAGCUAUUUCAAAUACUGCUUCGAGCCAAAGCGUCCAGAAUUUAAAUCAAGAUAUGCAUCGGGAGAAGUUGUCAUUGAACUUUAGUAGCGGCAAUAAUUCCAGUUCGAAGGGAUUGCACUUAAAUUUGGGACCUAUAGCUCCGCCUAGAGAUUUGAUUGAUGCUUCCCUUCCACUAGACCGACAAGGGUGGUACCAUGGAACGCUGUCACGUGUAGAAGCAGAGAGUUUAUUGAGAGACGCUGAUGAAGGCGCAUUCUUGGUCCGCAACAGUGAAUCCGCCAAGCACGAUUAUUCGCUGAGCUUAAAAUCAACUCGAGGCUUUAUGCACAUGCGCAUAUGCCGAGGUGGAGACGGGUAUACGUUAGGAGGCGCAUCAACCGCGUUUCCCUCUGUGCCAGCCCUGAUGAGACACUACGUCACAGCCCAACGACUUCCCGUCAGGGGAGCGGAGCAUAUGGCCCUCUCAACACCUCUACCAGCUGUGAUGCUGUGAGAGCAUCAAUGAAAUGUGGUCCUUAACCACUGGACAUAAAGCUGAACGGCGAUUGUUUCCAAUCGGGAAGCUUCUAGAAGAUUCGCCGUAUAUUGCGUCCGCUUUUGUUUCGCUUCGCGCGCAGACGGGUGUACAUAACGAUUUUUCUUGUAGUUUUUUUUAUUAUAUACGUAAUGGCAUGUGUAUUGUAUAAAUAUAUAGUACCCAGUGAAUAAAACCAAAGAUUUAGGUUAAGUUUAAGCGGCUUGUGUGUUUAACUAUCACUCUAAAGCGUCAUACGCUAGUCCGAAAUAACGCAGCGAUCUAUGACAUGACCGUAGGUUAAUAUAUAUCAUUAUAUGCACCGAUCCUGGCUUUAACUCAUUAUCUUCAGUAUCCAAUAAGAAUAAAAAGGCAAAGACGUAAUAAUACUGAGACUUUAAAUCAAAUAUUUGUGGAAAAAUUUAUUGCAAUUUCAUGAAGCGAAAUUCACUGCCCGUACCCGUCGUAAGUGGGAUCUUACGGAAGAUAAAGUAAAGAAACACUGAUAUCUGAAUUUCCAAGAAAUUGUUCCCUAAAAUUGCCCAGGAUAAGAUAACACCUAAUGCAUUAAAAAACCCAUCACGACGGUAAAAUAAUGUCCACAAUUAACCACAGAGUGUCAUAUAUACGAGUAUAAGUCAGAGACACGAUUCUGAUGUUCGCUUCUAAUUACGUAAAUUAUUUAUUAGCAUGUAGCGCGUAAUUUAUUUUCAAUACAUUAUAUUAUCUACUUACUUAUGUUAAAUUGUACUCGAUGUAUACAUUAAGUUUAUCAAUUUACGUAAUGGUAUAUUCCGUGUGAUAAGAGAUUUAGUUGUAUAAAGGCCUAAAUAAGUUCGCAAUUAGUUUAUUUUAAGUGGCACGCACAAAAAUAGUGUCUUUUUCCUCGAAAACCCGCUCUGACAGUUAUAAAUAAUGCUAGGAAGGUGUAAUUACGUAGUGAAGUAUGUAUUUAUAAACACGAGGAUAAGGCUAAGCUAAAAUAGUCCAGUAGUGAGUCAUCAUUACACGAAUAUGUAUCGAUUUUCAGCAGGUUGAGUAACUUGGGCACAUUUUUUACUUGGUUUUCACAAUAGGUUACAUUUCUCAAUGGUUUGAGCUUAGGUUUAAGAUUGUAUCGAAUACUGGUUGCUUUGUGAAUCUGGCGUUCCAUUUCUUUAUAUAUAUGUUUUUAUUUGAAUCGAGCGUUUGAUUAGCUAUAUUAAAAUGUAAAUUGAGUUGUAAAAUUGUGAUGCUAAUCGAGUAUUUAUUUCUAUUAGUAUACAUUUUUGUAAUGUCAAACAUUCGUUGCCUGUGGCGCUGUGACUUUAUAAAGUAGAAAGGUACAUUCGUCAUUGAAUGAAUUUUUAUGUGCAGCAUCGAAUUCAAUCGAAUGUACGAUUAUUUAGGAAUCGAAUUCAGAAAAUCGAGUCGAGAGAGGCAGCAAUUGCUUGACAUUAGUAAACUACAAACAUUAAAUGUCACUUUGAUUAUAUAACGAUGACUUCUAAUUGUCAUAACAUAUUGACGAAGCAGCCAGACAUUUUCGAAUAAACUCUAUUCCAAAUACAUAGUCUCAUUUGACAGCUGUCAGUUGUGAUUAUUUAAGAACAUUAAUAUCAUUAAUAAUAUAAGUAAGUUUUGUUUGUCAAAUAACUUUAUCGUAUAAUGCUUUGUAAGUUUGAUUUUUUAUUGUGAUUAAAUACCGUAAGCAACGAUUAUUUAAAUGUUAAUGUUAAGCGAGUAGGAUUUACGUAAUAAGAUAUGUCAAAUGUCUUUUUUUUAAUCUAUUGACAGCUUUGAACGCAAGUCCUUUAUGCCAAUGUCAAAUGUCAUUUCGUGUUUGGAAUAGAGUGUAAACUAUAUUUAAAGGAUCAUGUACUUGAAGUAAUUUUGAUACUUUCGUAAUAUAGAGGGUACAUCCGAACUUAGAGGUUCGCUAUCGCACGUAAUGCGUCAUUUAUAGAUUACCGCACAUGUUAUGUCAGUCACUAAUGACUUAUUUAUAUUUUUUGUUACAUUUGUAGGAUUAAGUAGAUAUAUGCGGACCUAGAGUGUCGAUAAGUUUAAUUUGUAUGGUCCAAAUGAUUGUAAUCGCAUUUAAGAUAAUAUUAUAGUUGUUGAACUGUAAUGGAUUGAGCCCGAAAACGGGUUAGGGAUACUUUUUAGUGGAUGUUUCAAGAGACAUUAAACAUUACAACAAAUCUUUAAGUCUCAGAGUGACGGGCACGGUACGGUCUGAUUGUGGUCGUAUCACUGUACACUACGCCUUAGGUAAUGCUGUAAUGUGUUGCGUCCCUGUUAUGGAUAUAAAAUAAGGGGCAAUUGCAGUCACCAAUUCCCUGAAUACAGACAGGCUUUUGGACAUUAAACAUAGUCAUGGGCUGGCCCCGUCGAAGCGAGUAAGAGAGAUAAUUGCAUUUGAGUGAUAAGGACAGGUAUAAGGUCAAUGUCCGAUAUUCUUUCAGUUUCGCGACGUAUUUAUUAUUAUGCUCAGAACUUGUCUUACAAUUAUCCAUUCGUUCUGAAUUCGCACUAAGAAUUAUGAUGGUUCAUGUCUAUUUUGCAUGAAUAACUAGUUUUCUUAGGAUGAACUAUUUUUUUGUAUAUGUGAGCUGGGUACAGUUGUUAGAUAGUGUAUAUCGCGUCAUAAUAGACGGAAGCUGAAAGAUCCGGCUCUGGCCAAAUGAUAACGAAAAAAAAUAAUUUUGACAGUUGUGAACGAAAAAGUGCGGUGAACGAAAUUUUUUACAAGUCAUUCACUCGCCUUGCGACACUCACUCUUUCUCUUUCUAUCUAUAGCUUUCUUUCGACGAAUUCACACGACCCGGCCUCAUGAGAAGUGGCCAGUCCGUUUUGCUUAUGUGAUGGUUGCGUGGCUCUUUCCAUUACAUUUCAUCUGUGAAAGUAAUGUAGCAUUUCCUGUGAUUUAGUUUGAUAUGACAAAAACAUACCGUUGGCACCUAAUUUUUCUUACAGCAUUCAUAAUUUUAAGCAACUUAACGUGAUCUCAAAAUCUUCCUCUAGGCGAUUCAGUUACCUUUAGACUUAAUUUUUAAUUAAUUUGUACCUGAUUUUGACAACUAACACAUGUUUGAGACUUUUUAACAUUAUUUUAUGUAUAGCGUAGGUGUAUGGAAAACGAGCGAUUUUAUUUAUGUGAGAUCAUUAACUGCCGCGUAGCUGCUUAUUGUGAAUGCUUUUUUUAAUAUUAUUAUUAACUGCGUGAGUGAGAUAAAAUAUAAUUUGUGAAACAAAAUAACAUUCUGGAAAGUUCUACAUUCUUAUUUAGCAAAAGAACUGAAUGAUGUACUUCUAUAACCAGGAAUACAUUGUAUAUUAUUCGAAAUUGGAACGCAAUAUUUUAAAAUUGUCUUAAAAUUUGAAAUAUUGAGUUCGAAAUUCGAAUACAUGGAAUGAUCAGUGUUCCAUAUUUAAAAACGAUACGAACGAUUAUGCUUCGAUUAUUUUAUUUAUUUAACAUGUUCAUGUACUCAUAUUCUAUUUAAUGUAGAUUUAUGUAAUGGAUGGAAGUCAGUUUGGAAUUUCGGAAUGUGUCAAAAUUUUUCACUAACGAAUAGGUUUUUGUGAACAUUUAGGUAAUGUUAUAGCUUAUGGUAGUUAUAAUCAAUAUAAUUUUGAAGGUGUAGUUUGAAGUGGAUGAAUAAAGUACUUGAAAAUA